AUGGCGGGCGACUCAAUACACAGAAAAGAGUCCUGUCAGGCUCGGGAGGUUGACCCCAAGCGGGAAUUCUUACAUCCGUUCAAUUUUUCACUGUCUCGCAAACUGCAUGUCGUUGUUGCUGGUGUUUAUUUUGUUUUCAAUAGCUCACUGGGAUCAUCAAUUGCUUCUGGCGCCCACGAUGAGAUUUCCGAGCAUUUCAACAUUCCAGGCGAAAGCAUUAAAAUGGUCCUUCCGACCUCAUUAUACAUGGCCGGCUUUGCCAUAGGCCCCAUCCUUUUUGGCCCUUUGAGUGAGCAUUUUGGGAGAAAGCCGGUGCUUUCAAUUACUUACUCCAUCUACCUCAUCUUCACCAUGGCAUGCGCAUUAGCACCCAACUUCCCAGCACUGCUGAUCUUCCGAUUCUUCUGCGGCUUUGGAGGCUCAGCACCGAACGCGGUCUUGGGCGGUCUCUUCUCUGACAUUUACGAAGAUCCCCACCAGCGUGGACUAGCAAUGUCCUGGUUCAUGUUUGCAACCACGUUCCCACCUCUUCUUGGUCCCAUCAUCUCUGGAUUCAUUUCGACGAUCACCUGGAGGUGGUCAUUCUGGGCGGGUCUUCUCAUCGCCGCUCCUGGUUUCCCGCUUCUGAUCACCAUGCCGGAGACAUACGUACCGAUCUUGCGCGCAAAGCGCCGAAAGUCAACCGACGAAAAGGGUGCCAGAGAUACGGAUGACUUGAGUGAACCUCCAAAGGGCUCUUUCUUCGCUCAGAUGAGUGUUGUUCUCAGUCGCCCUUUCCUGAUGUUCAUCCACGAGCCGAUUGUCUUUUGCUGUUCGAUGUACCUCGCACUUGUAUACGCGAUCUUGUACCUCUAUUUCCAGGCCUACCCCAUCGUCUUCCAAAGUACGUCUUGCAAUUCCUCCAAAAUACCCAACUUACUAAUGUGUCCAGACUUAUAUGGCCUUUCCGCUGGCAUCUCCGGACUCGGAUUCCUUCCAAUCCUACCCGGUUCCGUCUUGGCAUUCCUGGUCUUCUUCCUCUACAGCUCCCACCACAGCAAAGCCCUGAAAGCCGGACUGGCCUGGGCCCAGUCAGAAGAGUACCGCCGUCUCCCCCUAGCCUGCAUCGGAGCCCCAACAAUCCCGAUAGCCCUCUUCUGGCUAGGCUGGUCCUCCAAGCUUUCCAUCCACCCAGUGAUGCCCAUGAUGUCAGGAGUCUUCUUCGGUUUCGGAUAUCUGUUGAUCUUCAUCGCUCUCAUCAACUAUCUCACGGAUGCGUAUAAACAAUUUUCCGCCUCGGCUGCUGCUGCCGCGAGUACGUCGCGGUCUAUAUUCGCUGUGUUUUUGCCCAUGGCUACCGAAUCCAUGUAUGGCACGCUGGGUAUCAACUGGGCGAGUUCGUUGCUGGGCUUCUUCUCGAUAGCGAUGGCUGUCAUUCCUUUUGUGUUUAUCAAGAAGGGUGCUUGGAUUCGUGCCAACAGCAGGUUUGCGCAAAUGGCGCAAUAG